GGAACUUGUGGACACUAUUGCCCCCCCCAAACAGCGUUUACGAAGUGUCAAAAAAAAAAAUUAUACCGAUCAGGAAAUGGAGAUGCUUGUGGAAGAGGUUAUAGGAAAUUAUAGCAUUCUAUUUCCCGGGAAAAACGAUAAAAUACCCAUGAUAACCCGGAAUGCUGCUUGGACCUGCAUUAUGCAAAAAGUUAAUUCCCUUGGAGUUGCGAUGCGAACCAUUCCUGAACUCAAAAAAAAAUGGAGUGACUUGAAAAAAAAAGUUAUAGCCAAAAUGGCCAACAUAGCACGAUAUGCAAGACAAACCGGCGGCGGCCCCAGCUGUCAGGAGGAACUCACUGAAAUGGAGGAAAAAGUGGGUGCAACAUGCAGCAAAGAACAAAUCGAAGGUUUUGGGACAGUUGACGUAUGCUUCAGUGCAAUUAAUCCAUGUCAAAGAGAAAACACAGAGGAAGACAACCUCUGCCCAGACAGUAAUGAAGAUAAUGAGCCAGAGAACCUGGAUCACCCGGACUAUGAUGUUUCAGAGUUAGUCCAAGUGAAUCGGAACGAAAGUUUGACAGACACAGUGCCUAGCCGGGAACUUACUCUUCCAUCAGAUUUAGGACUGACCGUUGCACAAACUAAUUUUUUGACCGAAUAUACCAAAGAACACAUAAAAUUCAUGGCUCAAGUGGAUCAAAGAUUGUUAGGUCUUGAAAAUGCCAUGCUUAGACAAGGGGAAAAAUUUAUUGAGGGCUCAAAUACUGUGUCAAAAGGGCUAUCAAAAAUUUCCACUCUGUUAGAAAAAAUAAUAGAGACCCAGAGUGUAAACCUAACAAAUAACACCCAAACGACCCCUCAAAUCCCACCCAACAUAACAGAGUAUAUGGAGACAGUGCCGACAGAAAGCAGUUCAAGCACGACAACAACACCUUUGAGGGGUAGUAUUGGAACAAUCUCUCCUACACAUUUAGGUGCUAGUUUUCCCUCAUCACCAUCAUAUGAUGAUGAAGAUAUUCAAAUUUCACACAGUCCACUAGAUUUAACAGUCACCAAAAUGGACCAUAAUCCCCAAACAUUAGUAGACCCACAAAUAAGAGUGGAAACUACUGACCAACCACAAUCAGCAGCUCAAUUUCUCAUGAGUUGCAAACAGGAACUUGCUUUGCCAACUAAAUGUUCCACAACCUCCACACCCUGUGCAAAUGUGAAAAAGUCCAACAAGAAAGGAGGGGACAUUCUUUUCUCCAAAAACAAAACCCUUUCCAAAAAGUAAUAUGCUUUGCCCUCCAAUAUUAUCGCUAUUCUCCUAAACCAAGUUGGGAACAACUCCUUUUCCAAAGCACUCUGGGUAUAAUCUUUAACAACAACUAGGACACAGUUGUUGAUGCAAGUUUGUUUGGUUUCUUAGAUUUUUGGGAAUGGGAUAUUUUUAGGCCCAAACAAACUAACUUAAUCCCUUUUAAAAAUUGACACUUCCAGGGAAAUGUUAUUCUUUUGCAAAUUCUCCCCAAUAUAGUCCUAAACUUUCAACAAAAA